GGCUAAAAAUGGGGACAGACACGAGUGCGCGCAUUGUGCCCAGUCUGGUUUGGAUAGAAGACGAAAAAAUUGUGGCGCGCCUACCCAACCCAGACAGCGGCCUGCCUGUCAGCAGUGCCUGGGAUGAGCGAGAGUCAGUAACGUUAGUGCGAGCGAGACCUUGGCUGGGCCACGUAGCGAUGGAUCUACAGUAGCACCGAGUCUACCACUAACAUAUCAGUGUCAUACAUUCUAAAAAUGCAUUAGUAAACACAUGUGCAAUCGAGCAUGCAAUAGGAUUAUCAAACAGUGGUGAACUGCAACAGUAGCUGGCUCUUUUUGUGCGUCUGCAGCACUCCAGAAUCCCUGCAACUCUGAUUGCACGAAAUGAGAAAGAGGGCGCUCUCACCGAAGGCGGCAGAUUGCAGAUGGCUCCUGAAACGAGGCACAGAAGUUCUGACUGCAGCUCAACGUCCGGCGUGAAGCUCACCCUCAAGGUAGAAGCUUAAAGACUGAAGCACUAACGGACAAUAUAACACUGACAGCCUCGAGUGAGAGACUAACCUGAGAGGCUUCAUCUGCGGAGAGACCAAAACCUCAUCGAGGUUGAAGGGCAGACACCCCAGCUUCCAGAGAAGCUUUGAGAUUCAAGCUCAACAGAAGCCUAAGCUUGUAGCAGAAUGCCACUCACGGUCUGUCCUCAGCCUUUGUCCUGUGGUGAGCAUGGAUCCCCUGUUUGAAUCUGGGUGACGCUUUCUUCCCUUCGCCCCUUCCUCCUUCCUGUCUCCUCAGUGGCGGGAGGGGUGGGGGAUUGCUUCCGUUCCCCCUGCCCCUCCUUACAACAUAGCGAGGUUACUCUCACAGUUUAAGAAUAGCAUCACUGCUAACAAACCUCUUGCUGAGCUUCAACUAGCACUACUACAGUCUUCCCCUCCCACACACAUGAAAUCCUGCCAGAGCCUGAAGGGAGAGGUGUCCAGCCCAGGUGGGAUGUCACAGGAGGGGCGCAAAACGCAGCAAGUGGCCCAGUCCUAUUACCACUCCCCCGCCCCAGACCUGGACCUAACGGGAAAGCUGUACAAGCGGGAGGGCGGGGGCAAGCCUUACUCUGUGCUAGUGGACAACAAGAUGACAGCCAAGACCCCCAUGGGUGACCAGACUCCCAGUCAGCUGUCCCCGCAGCAUGUUACCUCCCCCCAGCAGCAGUACUACAGAGAGGGGACAGUAGGGCAGGAGGGGGGCGCGCAGGGGGCCCAGGCAGGCAAUGGGGGCACCUCCGAGGACUCAGAGGAAGAGGAGUUGUCAUUCAAUCGGGAGCAGAUCAUCGUGGAGGUCAACCUGAACAAUCAGACACUUAAUGUAUCAAAGGGGGACAAGUCUGCCCCCCAAACCGAUGCCUCAGAGAGACACUGCAGCGAGGAGGAGGAGGAGGAAGAAGAUGAGGAAGAUGUGGAAGAAGAUGAAGUUGAAGAGGAGGAAGAAAUAGAGAGUCGUAGAACGAGAGCCAAGAGGGCUCGGCGUGGGGUGGUCCCCACUACCAGCCAGUCCCGGAGGAAGGCCCAGUGCACCGCUCUGAGUACCACCGGCAUGACCACCAGGGGCCGACGGAAGAAGACCACCCAGCCGCCUAAGAGGACACGCCGGAAUGCCAGGGAGGGCAAGGGGACACCCUCAACUGGCUCUGCCACAGGGGAUAAAGCGGAUGGGGAGGAGCGGGAGACGCUGGCGUGUGAAAAGUGCCCCCGUGUCUUCAACACCCGCUGGUACCUGGAGAAGCACAUGAAUGUCACACACAGACGCAUGCAAAUCUGUGACAAGUGUGGCAAGAAGUUUGUCCUGGAGAGUGAGCUGGCCUUACACCAGCAGACUGACUGUGAAAAGAACAUCCAGUGCGUCUCCUGCAACAAGUCUUUCAAGAAGCUGUGGUCGCUGCACGAGCACAUCAAGAUCGUGCACGGCUACGCAGAGAAGAAGUUUGCCUGUGAGAUCUGUGACAAGAAGUUCUACACGAUGGCUCAUGUCCGCAAGCACAUGGUUGCUCACACUAAAGACAUGCCGUUCACCUGUGAGACAUGUGGCAAGUCGUUCAAGCGCAGCAUGUCCCUGAAGGUUCACUCGCUGCAGCACUCUGGGGAGAAGCCCUUCCGCUGUGAGAACUGUGCUGAGAGGUUCCAGUAUAAGUACCAGCUACGCUCCCACAUGAGCAUCCACAUCGGACACAAGCAGUUCAUGUGUCAGUGGUGUGGCAAGGACUUCAACAUGAAGCAGUACUUUGACGAGCACAUGAAAACACACACAGGAGAGAAGCCAUUCAUCUGUGAGAUCUGUGGGAAGAGCUUCACCAGCCGGCCCAAUAUGAAGCGCCACCGCCGCACCCACACAGGAGAGAAGCCCUACCCCUGCGAGUUGUGCAGCCAGCGCUUCCGCUUCUCCAACAUGCUCAAGGCCCACAAGGAGAAGUGCUUCCGGGUCACCAGCCCUGUGACCCUGCAGGCCAGCAGCCUCCCCCUGCCUCUCCACCUCUCUGCCAUCUCCUCCUCUGGCCCCGGCCCGGGCCUCGCCCCCUUAGCUGCCACCACCUCCGCCCCUCUGGGCCUCAGCCCGACAGGGGGGGCUCUUCCCCCACGCGCACCCGUGGGCCACCCCACCUUCUCCCAUCUGCACAUGACCCCCUCUCACCAUCUCCCUCACCACCAAACGUCGCAACAACAGCAGCACCACCCCGGCACGCCCCUGCAAGCACUCCCUCUGCCCCACCACCUCCUGCCUGUGCCCCCCGUCUCCCCUCCCCCCGCGCUCUUCAAGAGCGAGCCUCUCACCCACUGUGGGCAGGAGGACAGCAGCUACCUGCGUUACAUGGCACCGCAGGACAAGGGGCCUGGGGCUCCCCAGCAUCACUGAACCCUAUGUGGGCUCCAGGCCUGCCUGCCACACCUCGAUUACCCCCACCCCAACUCUCCCUGGCCCCUGGUGUAGAGCGGCCCCUCGAAGACUGAUAUGAACAAGACACUCAGAGCUCAGUACACCAGAGUGUGAGGGAUACAGACAGGUAUACUUUCAGUCUACACUUUAGAUAAGUGAUUGACCCACUUAGCUAGAAACCCAGGUCAACUGACACAGAUUUUACAACCUCUUGCUCAUAUCUUUUCUUGUGAAAAUAUUCUUAGAAAAUCCUGUAUUGUAAGACAACCUGCCUCCCAUGGUAGAAGGCUGUGUGUGUACCGGUAUGUGAGUUAUCCCUUGUUUGUCCAUUUUAUCCUCACCACUAAUGGUUGCCAAUGCCAUUAUUCUGCUAGUGGUUCCUUAUCCAGGUAGCGGAUCAGAACAGAUCCAUUUCAUCAACUUAGUCCUUCACGUCAACUGACUUAAACAACGGUUGCACAGUUCUGGGGGAGUUGUAAGUCCUAAGGCUGACCCGUAGGACCAUGAGGUCACCGAGUUCUCGUUGAAUGUUUACCAUCCUGAUGCCAACUGGGUUUCCCAUUGUCUCCUGAGGCAUUCCACACUGGCUCUACCAGCAGUAGGCCAGGAAUCACUGCCACAGGUCACAGUGGCGAGGUUAGAAAAUGGCUGUUAGUGCUACUACUAGUCUGUUGUGACAGAGAUUCUGGUUAAUUGGUGCUUUCCAUUGCAGUACUACACACUUCUAUACACAGGCUAGAUCUCGUAACAUCUGGAGUGUUACUGUAACAGAGUGGGAUUGUUUGUGUUGUUGUGAUGCAGUUCUGGGAAUUGUCUUCUUGACUGACAUACAGCCUUCGUACAUGUACACACACACACACACACACACACACACACACACACACACACACACAC